AUGCUCAACUUGCCAAGAUCGCGCUCCUCCACUGGCUCAUCGUGUGGCUUUCACGACCUCCCUCAAGCUACCUUGCUCAGGCCUUCCGACGCUGAAUCAUCCAAACAACAACACGCUGGACGUAGGUUAUCCAAAAUGCGAAACAUGAUUUCUUCCACCUUAACUAAAAGUAACUCGCACUACCCGUUACAACCUUCGAAUUACACUCAAACUCUUCCAACCUCGAGGCCCAAAGUCAGACGUACAAUUUCCCGCUCGAUGAUCGCGCCCCUCCAGCAUCUUUUCGGGGUAGAGCAUCACGACACCGAGUUGGAAGAGGCAGAGCGAUACGAGAACCAGCCCUGGUCACUGACGCUGAGCAAGGCCAACACAUCAAGAUUCUCGCGUCGUGGACCGACAGCGGUGCUCUAUCAGCCGACACUCUCCGACGAUGAAGAAUGGGACUUCCGUUGUCAGGGAAUGGCUCCGGUGAUCCCGGCCCGGCCUUCGGAAGACGCUCUCAGCCCCAGCUCAGCCUACAAAACAGAAGAUCUCAGUCGACUCUAUCUCCGGCCCUCUCAACCUUGCCACCCCAAGAUCAAUCUCUCCUCUUCUCGCUCCUCCCACCCACCGGACACGGAACCAAUUGGGCCUCGGAGUCAAAACCUAAUCAACCAAACCUUAUCAAUGGCUUGGUUUUAA